UCAUGGACUCUGCACGUACUUUUUGAAUUUGAGCGCCAAAAAGUAUAAACGAACAGAAAACCUUGCAGUGCAGAACAACCUUGCAGUGCAGAAUGUCGCUCCGUGCAAUCCUGAUUCUAUCCUUAUUGUCCAUAGCGGCAUCAAGACCUCAAGUACUAUGUAACAAAACAAGCCCUGCUGUACUGGGAGGAGAUGUUAUUCUGACAUGUGUGUUCCAAGCUCAUCUGGAUGUUCUACAAGUCACCUGGCAAAAGAAGAAGGGGAAGAACACACAGAACAUGGUGACCUACAGUGAGAAGUAUGGCAGCAACGUCGCUGCACCAUUUCAGGGACAUGUCUCCAUUCUAAGUGCCAAUUCAAGAACCUCUUCUAUAAAGGUUUCUAAGCUGGAGAAGGAAGAUGAAGCUUUUUAUGUUUGCCUCUUUAAUGCAUAUCCAGAUGGUGCCUUCCUAGAAGAAGUUCCCCUGAACAAUAUCAGUCCGUCUCUGGAGGAAAAUCCCAAUAAAGUUACAUCCAUUGCAGAGGAACUGUACAUGGAGGGUGCCAAUAAAGAUGACCAAGAAAUACAUGAGACACAACACCACUCCUGGGUUUGGUAUACAAUAGUUCUUGCUGCAGUAAUAUUGGUGAUUUCAAUCCUGUUCUAUUAUAAAGCAAAAGCAUGGAGAAAGACAGAGCCUGUGACACCAGAGGAAUUGGACAAGGCUGAGACUGGACAAGCAACACCGAUAUGCUCCACAAACAGAUCAGACAAGCUAAAAGCCGCUCGGUUGUUAUCCCGGAGAACGGCGCUAGAGGAAUUAUAGAGUAACAGACAGUCUUGUUUGGACUAAAAGAUCAGAGAAAUCAAAAUUCUUCUAAUGCCACAGCGCAUAAAGGCACUUCAUAGUGCUGCGCCUGCAGGGCCGCCAUCAGGGG